AUGCUGGGAAAUACAAACAUGGCGACCCGCGGUGAGUUAGCCGGCAAAGCUAUAUGCGCUUCAGAAUUGGACGUUUUACUUCACCCUGAGCUUCUGUCUCAGGAUUUUCUCCAGUUAAUUUUAAAUGAGAAAAAGGUCAAUUCCAGAGAUUGUGGGAGUCGGGACCAGCUCGUAGACCUCUACGUACGACAUGUCAUCCCGCGGCCGCAGCGCACGUUACCCAACAACCGCUGGGGGAAAAGGAUGGCGAAGACUCGCGGUGGACAAGCACCGACCGGCUUGCGACCGGACAGGGACCACCUUACGUCCUCCCGUCUCAUUUCCUGUGGCUCACUAAAAGCGAAGAAGCCGGAGACGAGCGCAAUGUCGUCAUCAGGAGAGGCUGACAGGCUGAAACCCCCUCCGGCUUUAAACCUGGCCAACCCCAUUCGUCGCCUGUGUGGCAGUUCGUCGCCGUCAUCGUCGUCAUCAUCAUCGUCAUCUUCCUCUUCCAACCAGAAGUUUUCACGCUGCUCUGACACCGCGAGCCUAAAACGGGAGGCAAACUGCUCGGGUAUUCUCAUGUCUCCAGAGGUGAAGAAAAAGAUUCAGCACGUGACUUGGCCUUGACGUCUGCGUGACAGCGAAUCACCUCUUUCACCACUCAAUAAAUGUUGUCGUGCUCCAUAUAACAGUGAUUUCACCAAAUAAACUCCUUUUAAAACAUUCAUUAAUAGGCCAGCUCACUCAUUGAAAUUGAAAAUUAUGUAUUAUUUAUUAUAUAUUAUUUGAUGGCAGUCAAGCUGUUCCCACUUGGCACUUAAAACAAUCAAGUCGCUCAUGUAGCUUUUCAAAACAACUUAAGACCAGUUUUCAGUCUGCUAUUAGCAACGUGACACAAUUUCCCCAAAAGUGACAGUGUGUCAAAAUGCGGCGUCUGGUUGGAAUGGCCUCUUCAACCGGAGCGCAACGCAAAAUCAGAUGAUGGGUUCUGGAGAAAUUGAGUCUUUUUGGUGAAUCUUUUUGUGUCAUACCGCCCUAUAGAAAAGCUGCUCAAAAAUGUCUUCAAAUUAAGAGUACAACAGUAUAACCUCAUUAUUUCUCAACAUAUCUCCUCAUCUCUUUCAUUUCCUGUGAACUCCUCCCCCGACUGGCUGACGGGUCAUUCGUUCAUUCAUCUUCCGUUCCGCUUCUCCUCCUGGAGCCGAUCCCCGCCGUGACUGACAAGUAUCAGUCAGAAAUAUCCACCAAUAAGCUCAUAGGGGCCGAGGUUCCGAGGGGUUCUCCAAGUACACGCGUCAAAAUGAAUGCGUUUCAAACGGCGUCACUUGCUCUAAAUACUCGACUCGAAUAGCGUAAAUGGAACAUUCAUCGGAAGAACAGUGUUGGCUGUAGGAUAGGUAAUGUACUUUAGUAAUCGUUUUUCUUGAAUGUAUUUGUCAUGGAGGAUUUAAGUGGCGUUGAAGUGCUCAUUCCAUGCUUGAUAGAAAAUGCCACGACGAUGAAAAAAACAUUUCGCCAACGUGAAUCCUCUUGUGCCAAACUGCGAAUGUGCGGUGCUUCGCUGUGCUGUGCGAGAUUCUGCUGACAUUUCAACCUCGGCGGGGUUGUGUUUCAAUGUUGUUUUGCGUGUAUUAGGUUGCUACAGCAUAAUAAACAGCCAAGUAGUUC